CGUCUUUUGACCCGCCUGUUCAGCAGUACUGACCCUGAUGCUAAAAUCGUAUCUGUUGAAGUCCUUCCAAACAUAUUGCUUCCUUGCCAUAAUUGGAAAGAAGGUCGUCAUAGAUUUUUGUUUAACUUCAGUGUACGAGCUCUGGUCGAAGCUUUACAAGAGGAAAUCGACAAAGUGAAUCGUACAGUAAUGUUAAAAAGCCUCAAUGCAUGCAUUGUGAUCUGUGGAACAGUUUUAGAUGUAGACCUAAUAAGGACGAUUGCGGAUCAGAUAUACCAUGUACUCUCUCAGAAGUCACUUGCCAAUAUGGAAACAGAAGAGGGAGAAGAAGCAUCGUCUGUUGCAAUCGCAUGUGAUAAACGGGAACUGGAAGACGAGAUAAUUCAAGGUUCAAACUGCUUAGUGACAAUGAUAUCUACAUUGGAAUAUGCGUUCUUAACUCAUGUUGACAGGCUUCUGCCAGCUGUUGAAGCGCUAUGGCAGGGUCGUGAUAAUUACUACUCAGAUAGAGUGAAAGCAGUGGCAAUCUCGAUUUUUAACUUGAUUUUGAAGGACUACCCAGAUAAAUUGCAGAGGUAUCGGGAUACAUAUGCUCUGGUCGUCAUGGACGCUUGUUACUCAGAAAGUCCUCAGCUUCGCCGGGAAGCUGCACGUGGGAUUGGUUUGUGUGCUACUCGUUGUGAAGUUAUAUCCAACUUCGAUGCCCCCGUGGCUGUCGACAGCCUAUGUUAUGUAAUAGAGUGCGGAACUGAAUCGGAGAGUGUAAUGACACAUGAUGCCGCUGUUUCAGCUUUGGGAAAAAUAUGUGAGUUCUGGCGUGACACUAUCGACGGGUCUCAUGUGGUUCAAGUCUGGCUAAACUUCUUGCCGUUGAGGAACGACUUCAAAGAAGCCCGGUAUGCACACCAACUACUCUGUCAAAUGUUAGAAAGGGCUGAUCAGGAUCUCUUGGGGCUUAACAACGAGAAUCUUGGUCAGGCUACUCAAAUUCUAGAAGAAAUUUUAUCGCAAAGUGACGAUCUUGCAACUGAGGAAACGACAUGCCGGAUCAUUUCUUUGCUGAGCCAAUUUGGGGCCAUGUCAUGAUCGUUUAUUGAACUGCAAACCAAACACUUUUUUUAGGCAACGCCGCUAUACGCGACUGUCUAUGAGAGAGGGAUUAAGAGAAGAGUGAUCUUCUCAA